AUAAUGAUUUUGUAUAGAGAGAGAGAGAGGGGAGGCUAACUGGAAAAAACGACAAGGGCGGAGAGAGAAAUGAGUCUUGCUCAAUUAUCUUUCCUCCCAUUUGCUUAUGGUUGCCGCUACUACAUCACUCCCCUUCUCUCCACCGCCGAUUUCCCACCGCCCUACCUCCGAUCAAUUCUUCUGCCCCUAAAACCACCGCCACUAGUAUCGUCUCCGUCUUACCUCGACUUCGGUCUGCGAGUAAUUGUCUACUUUCCAGGAUGAAGAGGUUCUGGAGUGGAAGUGGCAUAGCUACAAACAAGGAAAUGGUGAAGAAUCUCCAGAACUAUGGAGUGGUUGGGUCGAAGAAGGUGUCUGAAGUAAUGGAGAGUAUAGAUAGGGCAUUUUUUGUGCCGGAUGAUGCUCCACCUUAUGUUGAUACUCCCCUGCCAAUAGGUUACAAUGCCACUAUAUCUGCACCUCACAUGCAUGCAACCUGCCUUCAAUUGUUGGAGAAACACUUGCAACCUGGAAUGCGCGCUUUGGACGUUGGCUCAGGAACGGGAUAUUUGACUGCAUGCUUUGCGUUAAUGAUUGGACCUGAAGGUCGUGCAGUUGGUGUGGAACAUAUUCCUGAGCUGGUGGCUUCAUCAAUCGAGAAUAUUAAUAAAAGUGCUGCUGCUCCUUUACUGAAAGAAGGUUCCCUCUCUCUACACGUUGCUGAUGGCAGGCAGGGCUGGCCAGAGUGUUCAUCUUAUGAUGCUAUUCAUGUUGGGGCAGCAGCUGCUGAAAUUCCACCGGCUCUCAUUGACCAGUUAAAGCCAGGUGGGAGAAUGGUGAUUCCAGUUGGGAACAUAUUCCAGGAUUUGAUGGUUGUGGAUAAAGAUGCCGAUGGCUCUGUUAACAUCCACAACGAGACUUCUGUUCGUUAUGUGCCUCUUACCAGCCGAGAAGCUCAGCUACGUGACAACUGAUCGAGUUUACUCAUCCCAUGCAGAUGCUGCUUUUAUCAAGAACGUUGUAUAGAAACUUUAAGAGAUCUUUUUGCGCAUCUAAUUGAAUCAUAUCAUCCUAGAUGUGUGUACUUAGUCCAAAUAAAGAUGUUAUAUCCUUUGUUUUUGACAAUCACAGACGAUAAACAGAAGAUGACUCGUUAGAACUUACAAAAUUUAAAUUUCAUUGACGGGGUUGAUAAUUCGAUUG